AUGAGUCAGUCUUACGAAGCAGGGAAUGCUAAUAUGGGCCAAGAGGACGAUGAUGAAUUUAAUGGCUUCUUCGAAGACUUUGACAACGACGUUAUGCCAAAUAGUAAUAAUGGGCAAAGGGUCGGUACUAAUGCUGCAUUGUCGUUCAAUGAUGAGGUAGAUGUUAAUGACGAUGAUUUUUUGGACAUUUAUAAUAUGUCCCCCAGAGAAAGAUUGAUGCAUAAUAUCAGGAAGAACGUUCAAAAAAUACAGUUUUAUUUUUACUCGUUACGCUUGUGGCAACAGAUUAUCAUUGUCCUUUUCGGUAUACUGGUAAUGAUAAUGGGUAUAUUGUUGCUCGUCUUCCAUGAUGCGAUUUUGCAUAAAGUAGUUGUUACUUCGAACGAUUUGAGAGAAAAGAUGUCAACACAUUUUAUCUUAAUGGUGUUAAUAUUCUUUGUCGCGUUUCCUCCUAUGAUCGGCUACUCCUUAUUAUCCACGACUACUGGGUUGAUUUAUGGUGUCAGUUUUGAGGGAUGGAUUACACUAGCUUUAGGAUCUGUAACAGGUUCCAUUGCCUCUUUCAUUGUAUUCAAAACGAUCCUACAUUCAAGGGCAGAGAAACUUGUGCAUUUGAAUAGAAGAUUUGAGGCAUUGGCUUCUAUCUUACAAGAAAAUAAUAGUUAUUGGAUUCUAGCUCUGCUGAGACUGUGUCCCUUCCCGUAUUCUUUAACUAACGGUGCCAUAGCCGGUGUUUACGGUAUCUCAGUACGCAACUUUUCGAUUGCUAACAUAUUAACCACACCAAAACUUUUCAUCUAUCUAUUUAUUGGUUCUCGUGUAAAGAGCCUUGCAGAAUCGGAAUCUACUGGAUCUAGGGUAUUUGAUUUGAUAAGCAUUCUGGUCACAUUAUUGAUCCUAAGUCUAACAGCAUGGCUCCUGUACUUCAAAACUAAGAAAAGAUAUUUGGAACUACAGAACCGCGAUCGUCAAGUAUCUCCUGAUCAACUACCAGAAUUAUCUUUUGAGGUAUGA